AUUUUCCUUUGAGGAAAUAACUAUAUUUUCGAAUUUAUUUUCACCAUCUUCUGUUUUCAGAGUUUCCCUGAUAAAACCCUCGCGCCCUUACCUUUUCUCUUUUCACUUCUCUCUCUCCACACGCACACACAUACACACAUUCAAUCAACAGACCAUCCCACUGUAUGGCCUCCUCUCAGACCCCGGCGGAAAACGCCGACAUCCCCGACGUACAACAAGUGCCGGCUGAGCUUGCCGAGACCAAAGGGGAAGAAGAUGCUGAAACAGCCACGGUCGAAGCUCCAGUGACGGAGGCGACCGCGGUGGACGAGAAGGAUAAAUCUUUGGAGGAGAUGAAGGCCAAGUGGCCGGGCUGGCCGGGAUACUCCGUAUUCCGGCUACUAGUGCCGGUGCUGAAAGUCGGCGGCAUUAUUGGGCGGAAGGGAGAUCUUAUCAAAAAGCUUGUUGAAGAGACCCGCGCUAGGGUUCGUGUGCUCGACGGCCCCAUCACUUCGCCGGAUCGCAUUGUGUUAAUUUCUGGCAAGGAAGAACCUGAAGCAGCAUUGUCUCCAGCAAUGGAUGCCAUAAUAAGAAUUUUCAAGCGUGUUAAUGGUCUUCCUGAGAAUGAUGGUGAUAAAGCCACUGGUGCUGCAUUUUGUUCGAUUCGACUAUUGGUAGCGUCAACACAAGCCAUUAGUUUAAUAGGAAAACAAGGCUCCCUGAUCAAAUCUAUUCAGGAAACAACUGGUGCUUCUGUCCGUGUGCUUUCGAAUGAUGAGGUACCAACUUAUGCCAGUUCCCAGGAGAGGGUUGUUGAGUUACAAGGGGAAGCUCAGAAGGUUCUUAAGGCAUUGGAAGCUGUCGUAGGUCACCUGAGAAAAUUUUUAGUGGAUCAAAGUGUUCUACCCUUAUUUGAGAAGAGUCAUAAUGCACCAGCGACUCAGGAAAGGCAAGUGGACGCUUGGUCUGACAAGACAUCCUUGCAUCAAACACCACAGGCCUCAGUAGGGGUUGAUUAUCCUGCAACGUUGAAAAGGGAAUCACUGUUUCUGGAUCGGGAAAGCCAGAUGGAAUCUCAUAUUCCAUCCUCUAGACUACCAUUGUAUGGGCAGGAACAUGGACUUGUGAAUCGUUCUUCAUUAAUAGGGCGUUCCGGAGGACCUGUUGUGACCCAGGUUGCACAGACCAUGCAAAUACCUCUUGCAUAUGCAGAGGACAUUAUUGGUGUUCAGGGGACAAAUAUUGAUUACAUUCGACGCAGUAGUGGUGCUAUUUUGACUGUGCAAGAGAGUAGAGGGCUACCUGAGGAAAUUACUGUGGAAAUAAAAGGCACCUCUUCACAAGUUCAAGCAGCUCAACAACUUAUACAGGAAUUCAUCAGUGGGCACAGAGAGCCAGCUCCCGGAAGCUACGGCAAGCUGGAGUCAUCGUACUCUCGGCUGGGAGGCGGGGGCAGCUCGUACUUGCCGUCAUCAUAUGCAGGACAACAGCCUUACGGUGGAUAUGGAUCGUCCGGGGCAGGGGGAUAUAGCAGCUUUAGGCUUUGAUUUGAUAGGUUUUCUUGGCGGCCUUAUCUGUGUAUUAAAAUUUCAUGCUUGCAGUUGCUGCUGCUAAUGGUUAGUUAAGCUUUUUUUUUUUCCAAUUUGAGCCGUAAAAAGAUUUUGUGGCCUAAUUUUACGGUAGCCAAGGAUAUAUCUCUGUAACAAAGUAGAGAGGAGAAAAGGGUGUAGUUGUUUGCUAUCAGUUUCUAAAUUAUAAAAAUGCAUAUUCAUUUA